CAGGCUGCGCCACCUGGUCGCAAGGACUGCCUGAAGGACAGCCGGACAGAGGCGGGCCUCGGGCGCCUGUCACGGGGCCUGGACGGAGCGCGCCGCUCACUCGGGCCGCCGCUAACGGCCCGCGCCGCUGAGGCGCCCGCCAGCCGGGCCGGCCUGGAACCUGCGCGCGCGGAGACCUGAGCACGGUGCACGGAGCACGCGCGUGCGCGGGAGGGAGCGCGUGCGUGCCCGAACGGGGCUGUGCGCACGUCUGGCCAGUCGCGCCCGGCGCUGCGGCGCCUCCUCCGCGAAGCCCUCCUGGCACCGGGCUGAGACAGUCCUGCUGAGUACCCCGGACCCGGAUUGGGACGUCUGAGCCCGCUUCCGUCAGGCUGAGGGGUGCAGGGAUCUGUCCAGUUUGCCUGCCCGUCCAGCGCUCAGCGUAGGGGCCUAAUGAGUGUGCGAACCCACAUGGUAGAGCAAAGCGCGCUGUGUGAGGACAACAGUAACAGCAGCGGCAUCUCCAUACCAUGCGCGCUGUCCCACACGUCCCCAGGCUGAGCCCUUCUAUGCACUCGUGGUUCCAUCCGCGUCCCUGAUAAAUGCUGGGGUGCCGAUCUGCGUUUCCCAGAUGAGGAAAAGGAAGCCGGAAAGAAUGGAUCGCAAAAUAUGGAAGAAGUUGAGAGUUCGCACCCACCUCCCCAACGACUGAACUGUCCUGCCUGCCCUCGUGGGCGGGGCCCCGGGAGUCUCCUGGGGACAACAGAGGCCUCGGCAACACAAACCACUGUGUUGCAGCAACAGGCCAGUAGUCGAGGCGGCACCGGGCUUGGGGCAGCCCAGAGUCCUUUUUGCCUAUGGAGUAUGUGGCAGCCCCAGGCCCCAGGUCAGGGGCCCCACCUCGGGCCACCAAGAAUGUUCUGCCGCGGGCCGAGACCUGGCUGCCAGGAGUCCCUGGGGGUGCCCCAACUUGGGCCACCAACCUUGAGACAGAGGUUCCCUCAGAUCUAGAGCUGAGUGAGGAGCAGCAGCUGCAGGUCUGCAAGGAGCUGGUGGACCUGCAGAUCAAAACCCAUCGCCUGAAGGAGCAACACGAGGCUGAAAUCUUCGAGCUGAAGAGUGAGGUCCUGUGGCUGGAGAGCCGGGUGCUGGAGCUAGAGCUGCACGGAGAGCAGGCAGCCCCAGCAGAAGCUGAUCCGGGGCACCGCCAGGCACUGGCACAGGAGCUUGGGCACAAGGCCUGGGGGCAGGGACACUCCGACCACCACAGACUCCAGGCACAGCCCAAGGACUUCCUGACCCCUAAGAACAAGCAGCAGAAACUGGGGGAUGGUCCGCAGGGAGAAGUAAAUCGGGCGCCAGAGCAGCACAGGGCUCGGCAGCAGGCACUGGAGACGCGUGUGGCAGCCCUGGGCUGGCAGCUGCAGGGAGCCCAGGAGGAGGCCAAGACAGCUGGGCAGCAACUGGCUGCACAAGCCUUGGUAUUGUCUGCCUGCCAGGGCCAGCUCCACCAGGCUGAAGCAGAGAACGCCCGGCUGCAGCUGCAACUCAAGAAGCUGAACGAGGAGUACGCCAUCCGACUGCAGCACUGCGCCCGAGCCGUGGCUGGGUAUGCAGAUGGUGCAGGCCCAAAGCCUGCAUCCACAGCCCUUCGGACAUUCCUGGAAACCACUCUGGAGGACAUUCGGGGGGCGCAUCACAGCCGUGAGCAACAGCUAGCCCGGGCUGCUCGCACCUACCGCAAGCGCCUGGCAGAUCUGAGCCGGAGGCACGAGGAGCUGCUGGCUGCCCAGAGUGUGCAACAGGUGCUGGUGGAUCCCAACGGGGCACCCAGGACCCCCAAGGCUACCUCUGGUGCAGCCACCUCAGACAUGGAGCCGCCACCCCUGCACACGGUCACCAAAUUCGGCCACCUGAGGGAGGACCAGGCUAGGCUGGAGAAGCAGCUCCAGAAGCUCCAGGCCCAGAAAGAACCCAGUGAAGCCUCUCAGGGGGGCCCAUUAGAGCCACAGGGCCUGGAAGCUGCAUCCUGGGCCCAGAUCCGCCAGAAGCUACAGGACUUUUCCCGUGGCACCCAGGUAGUGGGCAAAGCCUGGCCAGAGGCCCCUCCUCACACUGUGCCCAGGCUCAUGGCUUAUGUUCCCCCAUUCCAGGCAGAGCUGGAAAGGGAGAGAGCACAGCUUCUAGUCCGAGCCAUGAUGGCUGAGGAGCAACUUUCUGAGCUACAAGAGUACGUGGACCAGCACCUGGGCAGGUACAAGCAGGAGAUCCUGAGGCUGAGGAAGCUGGUGGGUACAGGGAACCCCUGGAAAGCGGGGGCCACACCUCCAGCCAAGCUGCAGCACCCAAGGACCUGCAGCCGUUAGCUGGUCAACAGAUAAACUUGGAGCAGAACUCUUCACAGCCAGCAUGGAGCCCUCCCCACAGCACCCCCUUGGGAGAUCAUUCCACCCAGCUCUCCACCCAACAAAAAUCAGGCUGGAACCCACUGAGUCUUUAUUGUGUCCAGUCAGCCAACCUGAGAAUUGGGGGCUCCAGGUACGGAGGCAGAACUAGGCCCUGGGACAGCCUGCCCAGCCGGCCCACCACUGUGGACAUCAUAGGCCCAGACGCGGUCCAGGCCCUCACCCAGUACAGCCACAGGUUGCCAGGUGGGGAGGGGGAAGCGCCCAGACACCACUCGGGCUCCUGCAGGCAACUCUGCCUGUAACUUGUCCUCCAGCAGUGGGAGCUAUGGGAGAGAGGCGAGGUUGGGGUGGGCAGGGUGGAACACAGCUCCCCCUACCCAGCUCCUCCAGGCCCAGCACCUACACUGGGGAUGGCUCGGGCCUCCCAUGGGGUCAGCAAACCCC